CUGUAUGUCAGAUGGCUAUCGUGGACUAAGGGGAUUCCCGGAUGUAUUGAUGCCAAAACAACUGCAGAUUUACCCCAAGAUGUCCAGUUUGACAAUGAAAAGAGGAGUGAUUACGAAUAUUCUUUAAACUAUCUUUUAGUUGAGAUGUCUUUGAAGAAGCUGGCCAUAAAAUUUGGGAAGUCGUGGAGUGACCUUGAUGACUUCAAACGGAUAUUUUGGACGAUAAGAAGUCCUAUAGCAGAAUAUGUCAUGGAGCACUGGGAAGAGGACUGGUUCUUUGGCUACCAGUGUCUGAAUGGUGUCAACCCAAGAAUGAUUCAGAAGUGCAACAAGCUGCCAGAAAACUUCCCUGUCACAGCUGAUAUGGUCCAGAGCUCCAUGGGGGAGGGAAGAACUUUGGACAAAGAACUCAAGGAAGGAAAUAUAUAUUUGUUGGACUAUGCCCUCACGGAUGGGCUUCCAACUAACACCAUCAAGGGAAAGCCUCAGUACAUCGCAGCUCCCCUCUGUCUGAUGUACCAGCACCCAGAUGAUGGACUCAUACCGAUUGCAAUACAGCUUGAUCAAAGUCCAGGUCUGAGCACACCAAUAUUCCUGCCCAAAGACCCACCUCUGGCCUGGCUGUUGGCCAAAAUAUGGGUGCGUCAUUCAGAGUUCCAGAUGUUUGAGAUCUCAACUCACUUGCUAAGAACUCACCUGGUAGCUGAGGUCUUCUGUGUGGCUACUCUGAGACAGCUGCCAGCAGUACACCCCAUACACAAGCUCUUGGCCCCCCAUCUGCGCUACACACUAGCGAUCAACUGCAGGGCACGGAAUCAGCUCAUCUCUCCAAAUGGCAUCUUCAAACAAGUUGUCUCCACAGGUGGGGAGGGCCUCUUGGUUCUGGCCCAGAGGGAUUACAAGCAGUUGACCUACCGCUCCCUUCAGCCCCACUGUGACUUCAGUGACAGAGGAGUGUGCCAGCUUCUAAAAUAUUUCUACAGGGAUCACAGUCUGAUGCUGUGGGAGGCCAUUCAAAGUUUUGUCUCAGGGAUGGUGAGCCUUUAUUACCAGAAUGACCAGGAUGUUCAGAAGGACUCAGAGCUUCAGGCUUGGGUCAGAGACAUCUCACAGGAGGGUUUCGCAGAUCUUCCCAACUUUGGUCAGUCACUAACAUCCUAG